AUGCCCAAAACCAUCUCGUGUCCCCACGCCGGGUGCGACUACCUCUUCUCCAAGCCGGUGCAUCUGCGGCGUCACCUGCUCUCGCACUCGGACGAGGCGGUGUGGAAGUGUCCGGACUGCGACCAGGAGUUCAAGCGCAUCGACAGCUUCCAGCGUCACAAGAAGCGCAUCCAUCCGGACCAGCCCAACCUCGCGGCGGUGCGCAUCGGCGGCGAUGCAGACGCCGACAGCUCGGCCAAGUCGGACGACGAGGCGGAUGAUCAGAUCGACGACCUCGACAUCUCGAUGCGAGAUGAUGAUGCAAAGCCGAUCAUCUCGGUCAAGCGCGGCGCGACUAGUCCGCUCUCGCGCGGUGCGACCGCCUCCGCUUCCGCCACAUCGCACCAGAUGAGCAGCUACAAUACGCCCUCGGGGCUCUCUACCCAACGCUCUGGAUCCACAUACUCGUCACCCUCGUCUUCGCGGCAUCACGGUCUAGCGGCCGCAACAGAGCCGUCGGCCUCGAUGUACACCCGCGCCCACCACUACCAUCCGUACCAGCGCAGCGAUUCCGCACCUCAUGCGGCACAGUCCAACAACGGCGACUCGUCCGCCGUCAGUCACAGCCAGUGGCCAUCCCAGCCCGCACAGUCGUCGAUGUACGACUCGAACAACGCUGCUGCCUCUUCAUCCUUCUCGUUCUAUCCGAAUCUGUACGGCGCGCCCAUCUCGUACAAUGGCUAUGCCGCGGCCUCUUCGUCCUCGACCGGCGCGGAUGCGCUUGCGGUUGCGAACACCUAUGGCUCAGCAGCAUCGGGCGAUGCGUCACAGACGGCGGCUCCGCUCUCGAUAGCAUCGCUCACCGCACCGUCUCCCUCGUGGGGCUCGUCCAACUCGGAUACCGAGGCGCAGACGUUCUUUGACGACAUUCUGCAGUCCAUCCUCAUGGAUUCGAUCUCGACGUUUGUGCCGCACGAGACUGUGGGUGCGUCCGAUCUGCACAACCUCACGGGUGCUGCGAUGACGCAGGAUGCGUUUGGGUUUGGUGAUGCAGGUAGCGCGGGCCAGGUGAUGCCCUCGGCACAAAACUCGUUGCAGGUGCAGCAACCGGGACAGCAGACGCAGCAUCAAACCCAGCCGCCGUCAGUAGUUUCUCAGGAAGACCAGCAUCAACAGCAGCAAGAGCCAGUGCAGCAGGGUCAGAACCAAGGUCAAUGCGCACAGCCGGCGGAGGUGCAGUCUGCAACGGCCACGUCGACCUCGCAGCAGCAGCAGCCACCACAACCGCUGGUGAAUCUGGUGCCGUUUGCGACGUUUACCGAGUCGGCGCACAAUUCGGGGCGGUCGACGCCGGCGACGCCGCGCCAUGCGCAUGCGGGCAUGGACGAUGCGGACGAGAUGACGCGCUCGGUGGAAAAGGUGGGCGACCAGGCUGCGACGAACAUUGGGGCGCGCACGCGCGAUCUGGUGUUGCACGGCGUCAACAUCCCCAAGAAGCCGCCGCGGCUCACUGCCGCCUCGCUCUUCAGCGCGGCUACGCGGCACACGCGGUCGAUGCUGCCGCUGCUGCCGUCGUACUGGCUGCUAGACCACCGUCGCUUGGCUGCCGAACGGCCGUACGUGUUCAUCUCGCUGCUGGCGCUGGGGACGCUGUGGCAGCCACGCGCCGAUGUCAAGGCGUACGGCGCCGAGCUGUGGCAGCUCAUCUUCCGCAGCAUCUGGGCGGGCGCGGUGUUCUACCUCGACCAGCCGCAGCUCAUGCGCGAGGCGACGGCGGUCAUGGCGUACACGCAUCUGUACGCGUUCAUGUGCCGCGACGAGAACAUCCGUCGCAAGUCGAUCCACAGCACGUAUACGGGCAGCUCGCUCAUCCGCGAGUACGGAUGGCGCCAAGGUGUGUGGUUCCUCGUAGGGCCGUGGGAAGAGUCGCUCCAGCGUCUGCUUGGUGCCAACAUUCAGAUGGCACUGGUGGAGCUCGAGGUGCUUACGAGGGAUCAGAGCACCAACAGGUUGUCGGCGGAGCAAAAGAGGCUGUUGGAUAGGCUGCAUGGGGUGUGGAAGCAGUGGUCGGAUGCGGAGGAGGUGAAUCGCAACAUGAUCUGCCACGGCAUCACCGAGUCGCACCACUCGGAGUUUCUCACGAGCCACGGACAGAUGCGUAGCAUGGGAAGGAUCACGUGCCAGGCGCUCGUGCCGAGUGCCGACGAUGUGUGGGACGCCAAGACGGCCAUCGAGUGGGCGCGGCUCGUGCUCGAACACAAGAGCCGGCGCGAAAACCACCAGCGUCCACUACUGGCAGGCAAGCGACAGCUCGGACCGAUCCUGGAUGCGCUUUGGGACGUCGAUGCCCCCUCGCCUGCUACGGCCAAGCGGCGCGAUUCGGGCGAGAGCGGAGAGCUGGACAGUCUCGAGGCCAAGCGCGAGCUGCAGCGCAUGAUGUGCUUUACCAUCAAGGAGCACUUUGCGCUGCUGACGCUGCUCGAGGGACUGCAUCUGCUGUGGAUCGCGCGAUACAUGCCGCCGUUCCGAACGGGCACGUCGUACGCCGCCGACUUUAGCCCGUCGCAGCCCACGUUUGCACCCGGGAUCGAGUCGGUGUUCUGCAUCAAGGGCGGCACGGCAUACCACCAUCUGAACGUGCUCGACAACGAGAUGAUGCUCGCGGCGCUCUCGAGGUGGAUGCGGCUGUGCCACCAGUCGUACCUGCCCAACCCCGUCGCCAACGGUACAGGCUUCAGCCAGCCCAUCAGCAGCGAUGGCCCCAGUGCGGCCGCCGACAAGUCGGCAGAUGCGGGCGUGCCAGCCAAGCCACGCGUGCAGAGCAUCGGACCGAUCAAUGACCGGUUCCAGCUGCAUUUCCGGUUCCACGUGAUCCAGCUGUCGGUGCUGUUCAAUGCGCACCAUGUGGUGCAUGCGCUCGUGUCGUCGUGUGGCAACGAAGAGGCCAACGGCGUCGGUCAAGGUGCAAAGGCGGCAGCGGUUCGUCCGGGCAUGCAGACGGCGGUGCCGUUGCGCUGCGAGAGCUGUACGGAUCCAGACAUGUGCCCCUACCGCAAUGCGCGUCUGCAGCGCUGGGCUGCACUGCAUGCCGGAGCGGUGAUCGGCAACUUUAUGUCCAUGCCGCGACUGUCCAAUGUGACCCCGACGAUCCUCGAGGGUCUCGGGCAGGCAUUCGGCAUCCUGGUGAUCCUGUGUCGGCUGCAGCGACCGCUGGCGCAGCGUCGGAGGACCAUGUGUCGAUGCGAUGCCGAGGUGCGCGAGGGAAGUGUCGAGCUGAUUUCGGACCAGUGUCUGCAUCUCGAUGCCGAACGACCCAGCCCGGGAGAGGGGGUCAAGGAGAAGGCCAGUGCGAGGUUCGAGUCGAGCAGCGACUGCUGGCUCCAGCACGGCACGCUCGACGAGGGCGCAACGCUGCUAGGGCAGCCGAUACAGGAGUGGGCGUUUGUGCUGCAGGAUAUGGGCAAUGAGCUCAAGAGCGUCGCAGGCACCUGGCAGACCGCCGAGGAGUUCCUCGCCGUCUCGCAGAAGAUGCUCAACAGUUUUACCUUCUAUGUCGAGUAG